CACAUUCCGUCGCCGUCCCGCGCGACGUUCAGUUGACGGCGCGAGCAACAACACCACGUCGUCGGGGGUCCGUUCAGCGCACGGAUCUGCGUAACGUGUAAAGCCCGUGGCACAGCUGCCGAGGAGGUAAAGGAGUUUGGAACAAUGGCCACCACACAAGUAAACAGAGCAAGGACCAUCAAGAAACUCGAGAAGCCUCGGCCGCUGAAGCUUCAGCGCCACGCAACCGUCGAUGGACGGAUUACGACUGUGGAGGACAUUGUGUCCUUGAUCGAUACCGUUACGAUGCACCUUACAAAUGGCUAUUUCGAUCGAACCCUGCAAAUGAACGUGAUUACAAUGUGUAAUCACCUUAAGCUGUAUGCUCAUCAGUUGGAAGCCAUUUACAAAGACCAACUGGACAGAGCGUUUGUAGCUAUUAGAAAUGGAAGCCAGGACGAAAGGCUGGAUGUAACGACUAGGGUUUACUUGCUGGAGUUGAUUGAAUUGAGAGCUAAGCAAUGGCAUCAUACGGACUCGAUGGAUGCCUACUAUUGCCAGAAAUUGUCGCAUUUAGAUACUCAAGGAGAUGUGACAACCCCUGAAACACCUUCGAGUCUGUUAACGUCGCCUCUAAUUCCGAUGUCUUCACCCGUCGCUGCUCCCAUUCUAGGACCAGGCGAAGUGAUAAAGAACAGUGGAAAGUUUGCGAAGCCCACACGAAUCGCUGGGAAGAAUUACUGCAAGGAUGAAGUUGUCAUACGUAACAGUGACUCUGGGAAAGUGAUGGGAAUAAAAGGGCGACGGGUUCACAUGAUCGAAGAGCUCAGCGAGACGAUCAUCUCCUUCCAGCGAGUAAAUCCUGGAGCCAAAGAACGACUUGUCCAAAUAACGGGGACCUCCGAGGACAAGAUACAUUAUGCGAAGGAUCUGAUAAAAGAUACGAUACAGCGAAACGCAUCACCGGUGCGACUGGAGCAAGGUGGAGGUGAGAAGGGCGGCAUCGGUGGCUCGAGCUCGUCGCUGAAUAGCAGCGCCUCCGACGAGAGCAAUCGGCUGCAACAGCAACAACAGCAACAGCAGGGCUCACGUUCGCGCUCCUCCCUCCUCCACAGCUUCUCCACCAACGACGCCAGCAUCGGCGAGUACAAAUACACCGUUACGGUCGGCAACCACUCCCUCAAGAUUACAGGGUGUAAUCUAGACCUCGUCAGGACUGCGAAGUUAGUCCUAGACGAGUACUUCUCGGGUGAUCCGGAGAACCUCGCAGCAGGUAUCGAGUACUUCAGCUUCGAGGAGGAGCCCUCCUUCGUUUCGUCGAAUUCAUCGGUGCCGCUGACCCCUUUGACCCCUCUGACCCCUCUGACCCCGUUGACUCCGGCGAUGGCCAGCGCCCUGGGUCGGGAUAUCAACCUGGAAAGCGGGAUCGCCUCGGAGGGCGAGGAAGUCUUCAAAUCUAGGAACAGCUCCGGAUCUCAGUCGGGUCUCAUCGAAGAUGGCCCGGUGAGCAGGGUGCUGACCUACGAGUUUCUGUUACAAUGCUCAACGGGACCUUACGCGAAGCGACCCCCUGCAGACUGGGUUCGCAUACAAAAGGAACACCCGAAUAUCGUACGCAAGGCACCGAUUCGCUGGUUCGAACCGGAGGCAUACAAGGCGAAGGUUGCGGCUGCCGGUUUCGUUACGGUAUUACCCCAUGGAAUGUGUGGCGACACGGAGAACGACCCCGAGUGAUGUUCGCUCUCGUCGCCGAAGCUCCGAAAUUUAACUUCGACUCGGCUGAAUCUGUGAGCUGCGAUUCCGUUUUUCAGGGUCAUUAGACCAGGAAUCGUCCCCGGGACAACGAGACCCUCUUUUCGGCCCUUCGACUUCAUCUGGAACCGUUCCCAUUUUUUUGUUCUUUCUUCUUGUAACUCCCUAUUAAUUAGAUCAACGCGGAAAUACCGUCCAAAGCUCCGGAAUCAAAUUUCGAAGCUCCAGAAAUUAAUCCCAGUUCCCUGGGUUCAGGGACCGCCUUUUCUUUUCUUUUCUUUUCUUUUUUUACUGAAUUCCGGAAUUCCUGAAUUUAAUUGCAAUUACCGUGUACGUUUUCAUUUUCCUCUCUUCUUAUAACUUCCUAUUAAUUCGAUCAACGCGGAAAUACCGUCUAAAGCUCCGGAAUCAAAUUUCGAAGCUCUAGAAACUAAUCCCAGUUCCCUGGAUUCAAAGACCGAAGUUUCUUUUCUUUCUUUUUUUUUUAUCAAAUUCCGGAAUUCCUGAAUUUAAUUGCAAUUGCCUGGAAAUGUUUUCAUUUUUUUUUUUUCUUUGUAAUCUUCAAUUGACUUGAUUAAUGCCGAGUUUAAACUGGAGAUAUCUUCCGAAGCUUCCCCCUUUUUGGCCCUUUGACUUGAUCUGGAGCCGUCCCCAUUUUUUAUUUCUUUCUUAUAAUUCCGUAUUAAUUCGAUCAACGCGAAAAUAUCGUCCAAAGCUCCGGAAUCAAAUUUCGAAGCUCUAGAAAUCAAUCCCAGUCCCUUGGGUUGAGGGAUCGCCUAUUCUUUUUUUUUUUUACUGAAUUCCGGAAUUCCUGAAUUUAAUUGCAAUUGCCUAGAAACGUUUUCAUUUUUUUUUUCUUUGUAAUCUUCAAUUAAUUUGAUUAACGCUGGGUUUAAACUGGAGAUAUCUUUCGAAGCUUCAAAAUGAAAUUUCGGAACUCCAGAAAUGAAUCGCAAUCCCCUUGAAUUCUGGGAUUGUUUUUUAUUUAACACUAAAUCUACCACCGGCGGAUCAAAUUGACCAUUUUAAAUGGUAUUUGUAACGGGGGUAUAAAUCGUCGGUAGGUUUAGUGAUAAACUAUGAAGUGCAAUUUCGGAGUUCCUAAAUUUAAUUACACUCACCUGGAAUCGUUUUCUUCGUUUUCUUUUUGUUUUUUUAAUUCCACCAAUGCGGAAAUUAAGUCGGAGAUAUUUUCCGAAGCUUCAAAAUGAAAUUUCGCAACUCUAGAAAUUAAUCGCAGCCCCCUUUGAAUUCUGGGUCGAUUUCUCAUUGAACUCUAAAACCGAACGUCGGAGUUUCUCAAUUCAAUUACAGUGAACUCGAACUCGAAGACUGCGAGUUCCUUUGAGCGAAUAUCGUGACGAUUUCGAGAAUGGCUCGUGGACGUUUUUUCCUUUACUGAUUUUUCAGACCAUACGAAAAGUCGAAUCGGUUCGGACAAAAGUGUCCUGAGUUUUGGUGAACACUUUUUUACUCGAAAUUUCAUUACUUUACGAUCCGGCCCUUCUCUUGUCUUUGAACUUUACUCGUUCAAAGACGCUACUCUUUGCAAGUAACGUUAAGUGCACGCUCGACGAUGCAAUUGAAUUAGAGCUUCGAAUACUCAUAAGACGAUGGAUGCGGUUAUUGGUAUUCUUAGUGUAAAUCCUUGACUUUCGUUUUCUGAGACAGUCCUGUAAUUGUAAAAGCAAUUACCCUGUACCGGAUAAACGUUCGAACGAUUGAAAUAGGUAUGAUGAUUCGUUGGACUUGUUUCAGAAAAGUACAACCUUCGAAGCAAAGGCAUAAGGAUGUCAGCAAUCGCAUCCAUUAUGCAUAAUGUGAAAUGCCGACGUUUAAUCCUUUCACUCCUUUUGCGAUUGGAUUCAGCUAUUGUGCGUCGGCGUGACUAAAGGGUGUCUUAGCUCAAUUCCAGCUGCCGACUGAAACUAGUAAGCUUAACUCCAAUUAAUGAAUUAGUUUGUUGCGCCAAAAGAUUUCUUAGCUUAACCAGAGAUGAAUUUUGGGCAGGGCGCGUCUUCCGCGUAUUCCAUUUAAUUUUUAUUUAACCCUUUGAACACGGAGCCGUUUCAACAUAUGGGCGAAAUUCGUCUGACCGUGCAGGCAAUAUUGGACCAAACGUCGGGCGCCGUUAGGCGCUCUUAGUAGCCAAAGGGUUAAUGGCCUAAAAUCCGUAAACCGGUGAAACUUCAACUACGCGGAGUAAACGCGAUUGUGACGCUCUUAGAAUUUUUUUUUUUACAAUUUCAUGAAAUUAAUUUUUAUUUAACCCUUUGAAGACGGAGUCAUUUCGACAUA